AUGGCUGAAAGAUUGGUCCCUGUUAUCUCUCUUGAAGACUUUGAUAAGCGCAAAGAGGAUAUCACAACACAGCUGAUAGAAGCUGCAGAGCAUGCUGGUUUCUUCAUGUUGAUUGACCAUGGUAUCUCCAAAGAAGAGAUAGAAGCUCAAUUCGCUAUCUCCAAAGCAUUCUUUGACCUUCCAAUGGAGACUAAGGCCAAGACACCUCAUGACACUGCUUCCAACAAUGGAUGGGAGUACAAGGCAAGUAAAAAGAUGUCAGCUCAGUUGCGCCCCAGCACAGGUACAUAUGACCAGAAGGAAUCACUCUGGCUGCAACGUGAGUCGCUUUGGCCAAGCGAUGAGGAUGUACCCAAGUUCAAACAAUCCACUACUGAUUUCAUGACCAAAUGUGCCGCAAUUUCCAAUCAACUCCGACUUAUCCACUAUCCAGGUUCUGUAGACGCCGCUGGUACAUGGAGGGCAGGAAGUCACACUGAUAUCGGAUGUCUCACUCUUCUAUUUCAGCGCGAUGGAGAGGAUGGCCUGGAGAUCUGUCCUGGUAGGGAAAGCUAUACUAGCUUUGCUACUGGGGAUAGCUUUACACCCCUACCUGCAGAGACUGGUCCUAUCGUUGUCAACAUCGGUGACAUGCUUAUGGCUUGGUCAGACGAUCGAUUGAAAUCUAACUUUCACCGAGUUCGCGCUAAAGAUGUUGGGAAAUCGGCUUCUCGUUACUCUAUCGCCUAUUUCAAUCAAGGGAGACGCGGCUUUGUGCUACAAGGCCCCUUGAAGAAAUACCCCCCUAUAACUGUCGGCGAGUGGUUUGCUCAGUCUGUUGCACGAAACUUCAGUGAUAAGGCUAAAUUAGCCGUAUGA